AUCUCAUCUAAACUAGAAUCCAACAUAUAAAUGCAGCUGUGCGCCGCAGAUAAUGGCGGGAAAACGUUGCCCUACUCCUCUCAGUUCUCAAAACUUCUUUCACUCUUUCUUCUUCUGAAAUCAAAAAAUGUCAGAAAUCGAAACCCUAGGAAUUCUCGAAGAGAUUUCGUCCUUGGUUUCUGUUCGCCUCCAAGUGGUUUCUUACAAAUGGCUUAGUCGAAACUUUUUAGUUUCAUCAAAUGUUGCAAAAAAGUUACUUCAAGAGUUUGUGGAGAAACAAAAAGAUGAUUUGGAAGUUGUGUACUCUCUGGCGGGAUGGUUGAAGAAAGCUCCACCAACUUACCACAUUAGACUUGUUCCCGGGCCAAAACUUGCAGAAGCCAAGCAUGAUUUUGAUGGCAAUUGCUCAGUUCAAGUCUAUAGUGUACAAGCUUGUAUCCCAAAAGAUCCAGCUGCUAUUUGGAAUGCAGAGUUCAUUCAAGCUGAUGAACUUUUCAAGCAACCCAUUACAGCUGAAAAUUGUCUAAGAGAUAAUAGGUUCUGUGGUGUCUCGAAUUCCUUUGUUAAGCGUAAUGCUGAGGGCGCUCCUGUAGCCUUUCCAGUGCCAAAGACUAAAAGUGCAGGGCUUUCGGGUCAGGCUGUUGGUAGUUCUGCUAACCAAAUUGACACGAAUGUGCAACCCCAGCAAAAAAAGUUGGAGCAAGCUAGCCCAAAACUAGCUCUACAGUCAUCCAAAGUAACUACUUCCAGGACUGAAACUAACAGGUCUGGUACCUCUUUGCAAAACAAGGAGUCAGAUAAAGAAAAAACUUCUCUUCCUAAUAAGAGUAAAGGUCAGAGUGAUAAGACCUCGUCAGGAACUGGAAGCUCCUUGGCAAAUUUGUGGGGUCGUGCAUCGUCAAAAUCCAAACCUGUUAACUCUGUCGAAGAAAAAGGUGCUGAUUUUAAAGCAGUCAGUGCAGAUGCUCAAAUUAGUGCUCGUGAAAAUUCAGAGGCUGCAUGUAGUGAUGAUGAAUUAGAUGUCAAUUUCAAGAGAGUUUCGAAUGAUGGUGGUAAGAAGAGAAGGGUAGUUUUUGAUGACUCAGAUGAUGAUGAUGAUGGUGAUGGUGGUAAGAAUAGAACAUUGGACAUGAGAAAUAGCAAACUAAAGUUUGAAGAACGGGAGGAAUGUAAACCAAUAAUCAGGGAAGAGAAAGCUGUUGGUGAUCUCAACCAAUCUGGUCGAGAUAUUUCAGCUCAUGACAUGGAAAAGAGUGUGAAAAUUCCCACUUUGGAAGGGAUUCAGAGAACACCUGAGGUUGAUGCUGAUAGAAAGAAUAAACCUGCUGAAACUGCUCCUGGUUCUCCUAAAAGAAGAAAAGUAUUAAAGACACGGAUUGAUGAGCGAGGGAGAGAAGUUACCGAGGUGAUAUGGGAAGGUGAAGAGGCAGACUUGAAGGAUACAAAUGCAGGAAAGAGUAGUAGUGACAGUGUGAAAAAUUCUAAUGGCCAUGCCGGAAAGGCUGAAGAGAAUGGUCCAGCAAAUCCCGUCAACAGGCCUGCCGCUGCUAAGAAGUCGCCUGCAGUGGGAAGCGCAGCACCUUCUAAUGCCACAGGAAAAGGUGGCAGUAAGAAAGGAGCGAAUUCAAAGGAUCCUAAGCAAGGCAAUAUACUGUCGUUCUUUAAAAGAGUAUGAUCCCUGUCUGACUUGACGUUAUGCUUAUGUGUAGACCUUUCGUCGUUUUCUUUUUGUGAAUUAUUUUUUUAAAAUCAAAUACAGGGUUUGCCACUAGGUUUAGUAAUGUAAUUGUGUUGUAUUCUCAUAAGCAUUGAGCACAUAAUUUUCUGCUUCAUUUGACAUGCCUCUGCUGUUGUACUGUGAAAUGGUGCAUAUACAUAUAUUCUUGAAAA